AUGUCAGGAAACAAAAUAGUAGAACUCUACAACGGUGCGCCAGCGGACUUCCCUAUCGUACCUCCCAGAACCCACGACUACACCGCCCGCCAACUUAUAAAUGUCUAUGGCACCCACAAGCCUAACCUCGCUCUGCUGAUUAGCGAAGCCUGGAAGGAGCUCAGAACGUACUUCACCACGGACCCUGUGGUGCGAAGACUUGCUUUUUUUCUUUAUUGGAGUAGUCAGUUUGGCGUCGGUUCAUCCCCGCAGCUAGACCUAUUCAACACUGAUGAAGAAGGUUGGGAUGCAUCAGGCAAUACCUCUGUCACUCUUGAUGAAACAGGGCCAACUGAGGAGCAACGGGUUUGGGGACAUCAGCUUCUUGACACCGCAAGGGAGAGGUUCCAAACUAUGCAGAUUCACCGCGCAGUGCUUAUCCACUUCAUAAAUGUUGAGGGGCCGUGGGCAGAUAAUCCGGAGAUGCAAGCGGAUAUCUAUGAGCUGACCUGGAAGAUGCUCAAAUCAGCAAUCUUGAGGUUCAGGGAGAUGGUUCUGUUAGAGGAGUCCAUGGAGAUCUUAGACAAGAGGUACAACGCAGAGCAAGAGGUGUACUACGACGCACCUCUGAUAGUUGGGAGUGAGGAUGGGACGGAGUAUCGCUCGUUUGAAGAUUUUAUUGGGCCAGAGAGGAGAACCAGAACCACUUAA